AUGGCUGCUCCCAUGGCUGUAGCCGCCGCCCGGGCCGCGCUCUGGGCCGCCGGUGCCGCCGCGGCGGGGCCGCUCCGGCUGGGAGCAGGUGCGCUGGGGCCGCGGGCGUACUCUGGGGGCGGCUGGGUCCGGGAGGUACGUUCUUGGUAUAUUCGGUGUUUUCUUCCAGCUCGCCUCCCGGGGAGCCGCUGGAGCGGGAGCAGCUCGGCACUGGGCAGGAUUCUGGGUGUUCCCAGCCGCUGGAGCGGGAGCAGCUCGGCUCUGGGCAGCCUCCUGGGCAUCCCCGCCGAGGCCCCGCCUGCCACUCUGGGCCAGCACCCGCCGCCCGUGGCCACCGACAAAGAGGAGCAGAAGCGCCUUCUGGAGAAUCGGCCCGACCAGCCCCAGAACCCCAAGGUGCUGAGAAUCGCCAUCAUCGGCGCUCCCAACGCCGGGAAAUCCACGCUCUCCAACCAGCUCCUGGGCAGGAAGGUUUUCCCAGUCUCCAAGAAGGUCCACACCACCCGCUGCAAAGCCCGGGGUGUCAUCACACACCAGGACACGCAGCUGAUCAUUCUGGACACACCUGGCCUCACUAAUCCCUUAAAAGCCAAAAGGCAUAAUUUAGAUGAAGCCAUGCUGACAGACCCGUGGGACAGCAUGAAACAUGCAGAUUUAGUCCUGGUUCUGGUGGACGUGUCAGAUCACUGGACACGGAACUCUCUGAGCAAGGAGGUGCUCAAGUGCCUGUCUCAGUUCCCCCACAUCCCCAGUGUCCUGGUCCUGAACAAGGUGGAUAUACUAAAGAAGAAGUUUCUCCUGCUGGAAAUAGCAACUGACCUGACAGAGGGAAUUGUAAAUGGAAAGAAACUGAAAGUGAAAUCUGCACUUCAACAGGAUUCCAGUUCUUCAGCAAAGUCUCCCCUUCAUAUCACUCGGGCUUCACCUGAAAGCAAGGUCCCAGGGUCUCCCUUUGGGCAGGAAAGGAAUCAGGCCCAGGAAGGCUCUGAUUUGGACAAGAGCAGUGAUGUUGGGGGUGCUGACCCAGGGGAAGCCCAAGGGCCAAAACACCAUGGACCUGAGGAUCUAAAAGAUACAAAAGGCUGGCCACACUUCCAGGAGAUUUUCAUGCUGGCAGCUCUCCGUGGGGAGGAGGUGGAUACACUCAAGAGGUACCUCCUGAUGCAAGCCAAGCCAGGCCCUUGGGAAUUCCACAGCGAUGUCCUGACCAACCAGUCACCUCAAGAGAUUUGUGAUAAUAUCAUCAGGGAGAAGAUCCUGGAGUACCUGCCCCUGGAAGUGCCUUAUGGAGUGACUCAGGUGACAGAGAUAUGGGAGGAAGGAGAAUGUGGGGAGCUGCUCAUCGUGCAGAGCCUCCUGGUGCCAAGGGAGUCCCAUAAAAGGAUGCUGAUUGGAAGAGGAGGAAAGGUCAUCAGCAGGAUUGCUCGGGAAGCUGGCCAGGACCUGAUGAAUGCUUUCCUGUGUGACGUCCGCCUGAAGCUCAAGGUGGAGGUGAAGGGUUGAGCACUUGGUGUAUUUUAACAGCCCUUGAACUCUCUGAUCAUGUGGAAAAACCAAUCCUGGGGGUAUCUUGGCACCUUUAUUCAAUUCAGAAAUAGAGGAUGAUGGAAUCACUACAGCAAGCUGAAGUGGAAUACAUUAUUCUUUGGGGGAACCGCCCAAACUGAAAUAAAAUCUCCAGACCUUCUAUGGAAUCUGAACUCAGGACAGACACUGGAGAAUCAGCUGCACCCAUGAUUCUGGUACUGCAAUUCCAGAGCUGCCACCCACUUCUUUUGGGCUGUAUCUCAUGUCCUUGCUCCCAGGUGUUUGUACGUGGAAGUUCAGGAGCAUCUCCUGCCUUAUAGCAAGCAAAGGGUCACAGUGAAGGAUUAUUGUGAAGCACAUGUGUGUAAUCUCUUCUGAAGGCUGAAUCAUGGUCACACAGGAGGAUGAGGCCACCCCAGCCCACCUGAUGGUCUCAUGUUGACUUUUCUCCCUGCCCUGUUGAGGUUAGUGGGUGUAGGGAGUCAGUUUUAGGGGUUUGCUGGCAGCUGGAACAUCUGUAAUGCCUGACUGGCUUGCCUGUCAUGUCUGUCAUGCAAAACCAGCACGGACCCACUUACUUUUUAGGAAUUUGAGUAGUUUAUUGGAUCAGUUACUUCCAAGUCCUCACUCUGCACCAGGGUCACAGAUAUAAACACAGAAGCUGUUGCAGCUAAAGAAAACCUCAAAGUGGGAAGAGCAGCAGAUUCUGCAGCUCAGCUGUAACAGAGAGCACUGGAACAGGCUGGAGGAGCAGGGGCCAUGGCAUGGUGGAGCCUGGCACCACAUGUGUGUGCCUGGACCUGGUGUUUGGGGCUUGUUUUGUAUCUUUUGUCAGGCGUUUGGAGCACUGGGUACCUUCCUGCCAGAAAUCCAGGUAGAUCUCCAUGUGCAGUCCUAAAUUAACAUCCCUGAGGGAAGAAAACCCCAGCAGUGAAGAGAUUGGGAAGGGUCUGGAACCCAAAUCUGCUCAGCUCCUUGUCCCUGGUGCACUGUGAAAGAGAUGUUUUACCCUUCUGCUGAAGAAUUCUAUCUGGAAUGUGAGAUCGACUGAAAACUGGGUUGGGAAACCUCCAUGGAGUGUCCUUCCUUGUUUUCCUGGAGAAGGAGGGGCUGUCGUCCCUUGAAUGCUGCUGUCCAACUUUUGUAUUUCCCUUGCAAUAAAAUGAGGUCCCAGCA